AUGGAUAAAGGAAAAGAAGAAGACGAGUUGGAGUCCUUUCGCCGCCAGUGGCUGGAAGAAGUGAGGACCAGGCACCCGGCACAGCCGGCGCCAGAAGCCAGACCGACGGAGAGGAAGAUAUCACUACCUCCCCAGACACAGGUACAGCUGCCACAGGAACCAGAAGACGAGGCGGAUUAUGACAGCCAUGCCAAGGUGGAUACGUCCGAACUAGAUGGGGAGUUUAGGUCGUUGGAACUGGGAAGCCAGAAGGCGGAGGAGAAGGAUCCCCAGUCAGCCCUGGAGCACUUUGAACGGGCCAUCGAGAAGGAAGAUCAGGGCAGGUUGGGCGAUAGUCUGACCUUGUAUCGGAAGGCAUAUCGUCUGGAUGCAAAAGUCGACCAAGCAUACAGCAAGAAGCACCAUGCCCAUGCCCAUGCCAGACAUCAUGCACCGCCAGCAUUGACGUCUACAUCGGCACAGCCAUCGACGGGGGAGAAAGUGGACGUAUCAUCGUUUGCCAAUCUUCCAAUCCUCCCCGCUGAGCCACUUAUAGAAAACACCCCUCCUCCGCCAUGUCCCAUUGCCCGUCUCCCUUCCGAGGUGCUGAUAGAGAUACUCAAGCACGCAGCCCUACUCGAUCCAGCUCUGUUUUGUCGCUUGUCUCUCGUCUGCAAACGCCUGGCUUACCACUUCGCGCAUGAGCAGCAUAUAUGGCGUCGGUUGUGUCAGGGUGCCGAGUUCGGCCUCGCUUCCAUGCAUUACUCCUUUGCCUGUCAAAUCAAUGGCUCUCCAAUAGAUAAAGGGCACAUCCUCGACCCGGACAAGGACUCUCAGAUCCUACACUCGCAUCCUUUCACGGCUCAGAUAACGGCUACCAUACCAAAGCCUCUCACUAGCUGGUCCCAUGUGUUUCAAGCUUUUCCUCGGCUGCGCUUUACCGGCGUCUACCUCAGCACUGUCAACUAUAUGCGUCCGGGUGCAAACUCGGCCAUGCAAAGCGUCUCAUGGAACUCGCCUAUCCACAUUGUGACGUAUUAUCGAUAUCUACGCUUCUAUCCUGAUGGUACCGUCUUGUCCUUGCUCUCUACCACUGAGCCUGUAGAGGUCGUCCACCAUCUCACCAGGGAGAAUAUUGAUGUUCUGGCUGCCAGUUCUGCAGGAAAGAAGCACACAAGACAUGUUUCUGACACCCCGGCACCGGCACCCCAGUCGGCAUCGACAACCAACCCGAUGACACCAGCUGCCGCCGCUGCGUUGAAACAUACAUUGCGUGGACGAUGGAGGCUUGCCCCGCCAGUAGUGACGAAUACAUCGACCACAAAUCCAGAUGCAGCCGCGCAGACUUCAAGCUCCCAACGGCCCAACAUGGAGCCCCCGUCCGCCUCCACUUCGGACCCACGCGAUCUAUUCAUCGAGACUGAAGGCGUAGAUCCAAAGUAUACUUAUACAAUGCACCUGGCCCUUCGGUCUGCGGGUUCGCAUAAAUCCAAAAAUACAAAACUUAUAUGGAAGGGUUUCUGGAGUUACAAUCGUCUCACUGACGACUGGGCUGAGUUUGCUCUUAGAAAUGAUCGCUCUUUUGUCUUUAGAAGGGUCAAAGGGUGGGGUUUGUCUGGGUAG